AUGCUUUCUCGAAGACCAGAUUCAAUUGUACCACACAUGAGCAUUUUCGCAAAAGCAUUCAGGCAAAGAGCUGCUAUCCCAUUUGCCGUUGGCGCCGCCGCCGUCGCAGCGUCGUACUACUACUCGUCUGUUGUCAAAAACGAAACUCUGAAGACGUUCAAAGGUGACGAUACCUGGGUCGACUUGCCUAUCAGCAAAAUCGAGUCUGUCUCGCACGACACCAAGAAAUUCACAUUCAAAUUACCUACGGACGACCAAGUCACCGGUUUGGAGACUGCGUCUGCUCUUAUGGCCAAAUUUGUCACUCCAAAGGGCUCCAAUGUCGUCAGACCUUAUACUCCGGUCAGUGAUGUUCAUACCAAGGGCUACUUUGAGCUAGUCAUCAAGCACUACGACGGUGGUAAGAUGACAGAGCAUCUACACAGUCUCAAGCCGGAAGACACGGUCUCUUUCAAGGGCCCUAUUCUAAAAUGGAAAUGGACACCAAAUAUGUUCGACUCUAUCACGCUAUUGGGAGCCGGUACCGGUAUCACUCCACUCUACCAACUCUUGCACCACAUCACGGCCAACCCAGACGACAAGACCAAGAUCCAUUUGUUGUAUGGUAACAAGACCCCUAAUGACAUUUUGAUCAAGGACUUGCUUGACGAAGUACAAGCCAAGCACCCUGACCAAGUGAAAAUAACCUAUUUUGUCGACAAGCCUUCGGGAUCUUACAAGGGCGAAGAAGGGUUUAUUACCAAGGAAUAUCUCGAGAAGAACAUUCCUAAGCCCUCUGAAAAGACCCAAUUAUUUGUCUGCGGUCCACCACCAUUCAUGAACGCGUAUUCGGGUCCAAAGGUUUCUCCAAAAGACCAAGGUGAACUCACCGGUAUCUUGAAGGAAUUGGGUUACGACCAGAAGCAAGUGUUUAAAUUCUAA